CCGCGGCCCCCGCCCCCUCCCCGGUACAUCGCGGCGGCCUGAGGUGAGGGGGGGGUCGGGGGGGGGCGAGCGGGUCCCGCCGCGGCCGAUCCUGGAAAGACCAAUAACCACUGCUGCAGUCGGGCUUUGUGACAAGAAGUUGCUUUUCAGAGGAAGGAGCUGGAGUGCUCCGCUGGCCUGUCAGCAGAUUCCUGACAACUCCAGACCCCGUUUGCCCUCUCAGCUGGGAUUUUACCUUCCUGAACCAGGUAUCCUGCCUGUUCCCGCAUUGAUACGGGCCAGGGUGUGAAUCCCAGCUGCUAACUGCCGUGCUCAAGGACCAGGACUCUGUUUUUUCCCCCUCUUGUGUUGCUACACGUCAGAGCAAACGCACUGAGAUGUCUAGAAAGCAAAACACAAAAGAUCCGUCUGGGUUUAUUUUUGAUGUGCAGUCCAAUACUGUGAUGGCCCAAGGAGGAACCUUUGAAAACAUGAAGGAGAAGAUCAGCGCUGUGCGAGCCAUAGUCCCCAACAGGAGCAACAACGAGAUUGUCCUUGUGCUGCAGCAUUUUGACAACUGCGUGGACAAAACAGUGCAGGCCUUUAUGGAAGGCAAUGCCAGUGAAGUGCUGAAAGAAUGGACCAUAACAGGCAAAAAAAAGAACAAGAAGAAGAAAACCAAACCGAAACCGCAAGCGGAGUCGAGCCCUGGCCUCCCAGACCCUGGGAAAUUGGUGUCCACUGAAGAGGAGCAGUCGGCACACUCGGAGAAGGGGGGAAUUAACGGUUUCCAUGUCAACGGCUGUGCCCACGACACGGAGUCUGUGGACUCGCUCAGCGAAGGUUUGGACGCACUUUCAAUUGAUGCCAGAGAGCUGGAGGAUUGCGAGGCCGCGGCGCCAGACAUGCCUGAUAGAACAGCAGUGCCUGAACUAGCGAAUGGAAUAGCAGACUUUGACACAAAAUCGCUCAUCAUGCAUCCUUCCCAGAGCCCUUCAUCUCUCAGACAGCGGCCUGAGCACAGGAGCACUAGCAGGUCUCUGUCCAGAUCAGCAGCCAGCAAUUCAACUGCUGCCUCCCUGUCUGUGGCGCGGCUGGAAGAUGUUCCUGUCUCACCUGCAAACAAGAAGCUGGGUUCUAAUAUUGAAAAGUCAGUGAAGGAUCUGCAGCGCUGCACCGUGUCGCUGGCUCGGUACCGGGUUGUGGUGAAGGAGGAAAUGGACGCUUCCAUUAAGAAGAUGAAGCAGGUCUUUGCUGAGCUGCAGAGUUGCCUUAUGGAUCGUGAGGUGGCAUUGCUGGCCGAAAUGGACAAAGUGAAAGCAGAAGCGAUGGAAAUUCUGGUCAGCCGCCAGAAGAAGGCAGAAGCCCUGAAGAAGAUGACUGAUGUGGCAGUGCGGAUGUCAGAGGAGCAGCUGGUCGAGCUCAGAGCUGACAUAAAGCACUUCGUGAGCGAGCGGAAGUACGAUGAGGACCUGGGCCGGGUGGCACGGUUCACCUGCGACCUUGAGGCUCUGAAGAAGAGCAUUGCUGUGUUUGGCCAAGUUUCCCAUCCAAAGAACAGCUACUCCACGCGCUCACGGUGUGGCUCAGCCACGGCCGCAGCUCUGAGCCACCCCAGCGAGCCCCCGGCCCCCGCCUGUGCCACUGCCACCAGCCCCCCCUCAGCCAGCAGGAAGCCCCCCGAGGCAGCUACGGGAAGCACCAGUGGCCGCCCCCCGCAGCCCCGAGAGGGGAGCAGGAGAGCAGGAGGGGGGCCCCGGGGCCAGGGCCAGCGCCACAUAGGCCCUUCCCCCUGCCACAGUACCGGCAACCGGCACCGGACCGGGACAGGCCCAGGACAGCCCCAGCCCCCAGGAACUGCGGCACAGCCCGGCCCCGAGACCCCGGGGCUGCCGCAGCGCAAGCCCCGGGCCAGGGCCAGCUCCUGAGGGCCGGGGGCCAACUCCUGGGGGCCCGGAGCCAGCUCCUGGGGGCUUGGGGCCAGCUCCUGCUCCUCCCAGGGUCCCAACGAAGGAAAGUUUACACUUCCCCUUUUCUGUGCCAUUGUCUUUUUCCCCCUCCCCCUUCUCUUUGCCACCUUUGCCCCCCCAGCACUCCCCUCUCCCUCGCUGCAGCCCCCCAGCCCCAUAGCUGCCGGGAGCGGCCGUGGCCUCCCGGCCCUCGCGCUGGCAGCGAGGCCCAGGGGGUGGGGGGACAUGUGGAUCCCCCCUCUUCUCUGCUCUUCUCUGGGUUUCAUUUUAUUUUGUGUUUAUUCACCCUCCUUCCUCCCUAAAUUAAACCACAGCAAUAGCAAUUAGCAGCAGCCUGCUGCCCCUUCAUUAAUGCUGGCGGCCAAGGGUCAGAGGGAAGGGCAUUGCUGGGAGCUUCGGAACCCAGAGGGGUCCCUGCCUUUGCCCCCCUCUUUCCCCUUCUUCCAUGGGGUUUUUCUCUCCCCUUUAACUGAAUUUCCCCCACAUUGGGUGAAGGAAUUAAAUAAAUGAAACCCAGUUGCAAGCACCAGCCCUGUGCCUGGGUCCUGCCUGAA